GCCUAUAUGUAGAGCAUCGGCUGCAUGAAACUGUAGCAAUGUUAUACUACAUUGUCCCUGUUAAAUAAACUGAUAAAUAAAUAAUUGAGGUUCAACAAAUAAAAAACAGAAGCAAUAUGGAUAAACAAAUUAUAAAGCUUGGCUUCUUGAAUAUCAGAUCCCUUUCUACGAAAACACUUUUUGUAAAUAAUAUAGAUGUACUCUGUUUGACAGAAACUUGGCUAAAACCUGAUGAUUACAUUAUUUUAAAUGAGUCCACCCCCCAAGAUUACUGUUAUAAACAUGAGCCACGUCUAAAAGGCAAAGGGGGAGGUGUUGCUUCAAUUUAUAACAACAUUUUCAGGAUUUCUCAGAGGGCAGGCUUCAAGUAUAACUCGUUUGAAGUAAUGGUGCUUCAUAUAACAUUAUCCAGAGAAACAAAUGUUAAUGAUAAAUCCCCUGUUAUGGUUGUACUAGCUACUGUAUACAGGCCACCAGGGCACCAUAAAGACUUUAUUAAAGAGUUUGUUGAUUUUACAUCCAAGUUAGUUCUGGCUGCAGAUAAAGUUUUAAUAGUUGGUGAUUUUAAUAUCCAUGUUGAUAAAGAAAAAGAUGCAUUGGGAUCAGCAUUUAUAGACAUUCUGAACUCUGUUGGUGUUAGACAACAGGUUUCAGGACCUACUCAUUGUCAAAAUCAUACUCUAGAUUUAAUACUGUCACAUGGAAUUGAUGUUGAUGGUGUUGAAAUUACGCAGCCAAGUGAUGAUAUCUCAGAUCAUUAUUUAGUUCUGUGCAAACUUCAUAUAGCCAAAAUUGUAAAUUCUACUUCUUGUAACAAGUAUGGAAGAACCAUCACUUCUACCACAAAAGACUGCUUUUUAAGUUAUCUUCCUGAUGUAUCCAAAUUCCUUAGCAUAUCCAAAACCUCAGAACAACUUGAUGAUGUAACAGAAACUAUGGACUCUCUCUUUUUUAGCACUUUAAAUAAAGUUGCUCCUUUACGCUUAAGGAAGGUUAAGGAAAACAGUUUGACACCAUGGUUUAAUGAGCAUACUCGCACCCUAAAGAGAGCAGCCCGAAAAAUGGAACGCAGCUGGAGGAAAACAAAACUUCACAGCAGUAAUGACUUUAUGAACUACUUUACUUCUAAAAUAAACCAACAACAUGUAUGUUAGACCCUAUACCAUCUAAGCUCCUAAGCUCCAGAAGUCAUAGAUCCUAUUCUGACUAUUAUUAAUUCCUCAUUGUCAUUAGGAUAUGUCCCCAAAACCUUCAAACUUGAUGUUAUUAAGCCUCUCAUCAAAAAACCACAACUUGACCCCAAAGAACUAGUUAAUUAUAGACCAAUCUCGAAUCUCCCUUUUCUGUCCAAGAUACUAGAAAAGGUGGUAUCCUCACAAUUAUAUUCCUUCUUAGAGAAAAAUGGUAUAUGUGAGGAUUUCCAGUCAGGAUUUAGACCGUAUCAUAGUACUGAGACUGCUCUCCUUAGAGUUACAAAUGAUCUGCUCUUAUCAUCUGAACGUGUCACAGUGUCUGGGUUGUGUCCCUGGGUUUCCACUAGAUGUCCUCCUUUCCCACGGUGUCUGUCACUUUAUUAACUGUCUGUUCCCUUAUUUGGUCACCUUCCUCCUUGUUUGGGUUAAUUGAUUAUUCCCCACCUGUCUCCAGGUAACCCAGCCAACCCAGCACCACGAAGCAAGAUGGCCGCCAGCCCAGCGCCACAGCACAAGAUGGACGCCAGCCCAGCGCCACAGCACAAGAUGGCCGCCAACCCAGCGCCACGAGGCAAUAUGGACGCCAGCACAAUGCAACAGCACAAGGUGGUCACUAAUCCAGUGCCACGAUGCAGGAUGGCCGCCAGCUCAGCGCCAACGCCCAAGAUGGCCGCUGACUCAUUCUUGGAGUAUUUCUCCAUGCUGUCAAGGAUCCUAGAAAUUCCCAAGACUGUUCAUGUCACGGCUGCUAAGCCAACGUAACAAUCCAAGAUGGCCGCCAAUCCAGCGCUACAGCACAAGAUGGCUGCUGGUCCAGUGCCACAGCAUGACAGUCACAGCUGACCCUCCAGAGUCGAGUCAGGUUCCAGUGAACCCUCCAGAAUCGAGACAGGUUCCAGUGAACCCUCCAGAGUCGAGACAGGUUCCAGUGAACCCUCCAGAGCCGAGACAGGUUCCAGUGAACCCUCCAGAGUCGAGUCAGGUUCCAGUGAACUCUCCAGAGUCGAGUCAGGUGUUCGUGGACCCUCCAGAGUUAGGGCUAGUCACCGCUGACCUUCCAGAGUCAGAGCUAGUCACUGAUGACCUUCCAGAGUCAGGGCUAGUCACUGAUGACCUUCCAGAGCCAGGGCUGGGUACCAUGGACUUUCCAGAGACAAGGCUGGUCACUGUUGACUUUUCAGAGUCAAGUCAAGUCACUGUUGAUCUUCAAGGACUGUGUCAAGUCACAGGUGAUCUUCUAGGAUUGAGUCAAGUCACUGGUGAUCUUCAUGAACAAAGGCAAGUCACCAUUGAUCUUCAUGAGCAAAUACAAGUCACCAAUGAUCUUCGCGAGCAGAGUCAGGGCAGCACCGAUCUUCUGGAGUCCAGUAAAGACACCAGGGGAUUACCAGAGUUUCGUCGUCCCGUUGGUCCGGCCGCAUGGAGGUCUGCUCCACUUUGGGGGGCUCUCGUCCUGACCACAUGGCUGUGGUGGUCUUCUGCUCCACCCUGGGGGGCUCUCGCCCUGACCACAUGGUUGUGGUGGUCUUCUGCUCCGCCCUGGGGGACUCCGGCCUCGACCACAAGGAUGUGGUGGUCUUCUGCUCCGCCCUGGGGAGCUUCCGGCCUGACCACACGGUUGUGGUGGUCUUCCGCUCCACCCUGGAGGGCUCUGGCUUCGACCACAAAGAACGUGGUGGUCUUCUGCUCCGCCAAGGGGGGCUAUCGCCCUGGCUACACGGUUGUGGUGGUCUUCCGCUCUGCCCUGGAGGACUCUGGCCUCGACCACAAGGAUGUGGUGGUCUUCUGCUCUGCCCUGGGGGGCUUCAUGUUGUUUUUUGCCUUUUGUUUUUGUGUUCACCUUCUGUGUAUUUAUACCCGGUCUGUCUGAGUAUGUGUCACAGAGUCCUUGUCUAAUGUCUUGUUAUUCCGUAGUCUUGAUCCUGCCUUGUGUUUUGUCUGUUCUUGUUUAUUUGGAUUCUCUGGUUUUGACCCUGCCUGGACUGUUUACCCUUUUGGAUUACCCCUUCAUAAAUAUCUUACCUGCACUUGGAUCUCUCCGUGUUUCCUGUAUCACCGAACGUGACAGAUCGUGGGUGUAUUUAUCUAUUAGUUUUAUUGGAUCUUAGUGCUGCGUUUGACACAAUUGACCACAACAUUCUUUUGCAUAGACUUGAACACUUUGUUGGCAUCAGUGGAAGUGCAUUAGCAUGGUUUAAAUUGUACUUAUAUGACCGCCAUCAGUUCAUAGCAGUGAAUGAAGAUGUAUCAUAUCGAUCACAAGUGCGGUAUGCAGUACCUCAAGGCUCAGUACUAGGGACGCUACUCUUCACGCUUUAUAUGUUACCCUUUGGAGAUAUCAUCAGGAGACAUGGUGUUAGCUUUCACUCUUAUGUUGAUGAUACUCAGCUCUAUAUUUCUUCGCGGCCCGGUGUAACACACCAAUUUGAAAAACUAAUGGAAUGCAUAGUCAAUAUAAAAAACUAGAUGAUGAGUAAUUUCUUACUGCUAAAUUCUGAAAAAACAGGUGUUAAUUAUAGGACCUAAAAACUCUGCUUGUAAUAACCUAGAACACUGUCUAAGACUUGAUGGUUGCUCUGUCAAUUCUUCGUCAUCAGUUAGGAACCUAGGUGUGCUAUUUGAUCGCAAUCUUUCCUUAGAAAGCCACAUUUCUAGCAUUUGUAAAAUUGCAUUUUUCCAUCUCAAAAAUAUAUCUAAAUUACGGCCUAUGCUCUUAAUGUCAAAUGCAGAAAUGUUAAUCCAUGCAUUUAUGACUUCAAGGUUAGACUAUUGUAAUGCUUUAUUGGGUGGUUGUUCUGCACGCUUGGUAAACAAACUACAGCUAGUCCAAAAUGCAGCAGCAAGAGUUCUUACUAGAACCAGGAAGUAUGACCAUAUUAGCCCGGUCCUGUCCACACUGCACUGGCUCCCUAUCAAACAUCGUAUAGAUUUUAAAAUAUUGCUUAUUACUUAUAAAGCCCUGAAUGGUUUAGCACCUCAGUAUUUGAAUGAGCUCCUUUUACAUUAUAAUCCUCUACGUCCGCUACGUUCUCAAAACUCAGGCAAUUUGAUAAUACCUAGAAUAUCAAAAUCAACUGCGGGCGGCAGAUCCUUUUCCUAUUUGGCGCCUAAACUCUGGAAUAACCUACCUAACAUUGUUCGGGAGGCAGACACACUCUUGCAGUUUAAAUCUAGAUUAAAGACCCAUCUCUUUAACCUGGCAUACACAUAACAUACUAAUAUGCUUUUCAUAUCCAAAUCCGUUAAAGGAUUUUUAGGCUGCAUUAAUUAGGUAAACCAGAACCGGAAACACUUCCCAUAACACCCUAUGUACUUGCUACAUCAUUAGAAGAAUGGCAUCUACGCUAAUAUUUGUCUGUUUCUCUCUUGUUCCGAGGUCACCGUAGCCACCAGAUCCAGUCUGUGUCCAGAUCAGAGGGUCACUGCAGUCACCCGGAUCCAGUACGUAUCCAGACCAGAUGGUGGAUCAGC